ACCUACAGCAGAAAAGCCAUGAGUAAAAGCCAGCUGACUUGCCCCUCCAUUCUCUCUUUCUCUCGCUCCUCCCAAUUCACCAGCUAUUCACAACCUGGUAGCAGCACCAAUAGUGCUGCUUAGUGGACCUACAAACAGCAAGAAAGGGUAUUGCUGAUCACCCCAGAGGUUCCUGGAUCAUCUUGUGUUAUCUCCCGUUUCCCAACAAAAGGAGAGGCAGCAACAUGCGUGGUUGGUGAAUUUGAAAUUAGAGGUGACUGGAAUAGCUCAAGCUGUCAUGAGAUGUAUCGGCACUGGACUUCUUGUGUUUGCCCUCACUUCCCAGCUGGUGGAUGCUACGUUGUCAAAGACAGACUCAAAAAAAGCUGCCUCGAAAACCCUAGAAGAAAAGACUCACCAUUCCAGUAAAAGAGUGCAAGACCGUGGUCUGGUAGUUACCGAUUCAAAGGCAAAGGAUAUUAUUCUGGAACACAAAAGCUACUGUAACAAAAAAGCACAAGAACGACACUUCUUAGGAGAUGUUUUGGGUUACAUUACACCUUGGAACAGCCAUGGCUAUGACAUUGCUAAGAUAUUUGGAAAUAAAUUUACAACUGUCUCGCCAGUCUGGCUGCAGGUGAAGAGACGGGGCAAGGAGAGGUUCCAGGUGACAGGGCUCCAUGAUGCUGACCAAGGUUGGAUGAAGGAAGUGAGGAACAAUGCCAAAAACAUCAAAAUAGUACCACGGAUUUUGUUUGAAGGCUGGACUUACCAUGACUUUGAAAGUGUGUUUGGCAGUGAAGAUGAGAUAGAAGAGCUUUCUAAUAAUCUGAUCCAAGUAGCCAAGAAAGAAAAUUUGGAUGGUUUUGUGGCUGAAGUUUGGAGUCAGCUAGGAAAUCAAAAGCAAACGGGUCUGAUUCACCUGCUCACUCACCUCUCGGAAGCUUUUCAUCAGGUGCAACUGAAGAUAAUACUUGUCAUCCCUCCUGCUGUCAUGCCAGGAACCAACCAGUUGGGAAGAUUCACAAGGAAAGAAUUUGAUCAGCUGGCCCCGGUAGUAGACAGCUUCAGCCUCAUGACAUAUGAUUAUUCAGCACCGCAACGGCCUGGCCCCAAUUCCCCUCUACCUUGGAUGCGAGCGUGUGUUCAAAUGCUGGAUCCAGAAGCCAAGUGGAGAAGUAAAAUUCUUCUAGGACUGAAUUUUUAUGGCAUGGACUACUCGGCACUCAGUGCUUCUGGGGAGCCAAUACUUGGGAACAGGGAACAGUACUCUACAUCUCGUUUCUUAGAGGCCAAUUUCAUCUUUUAUGGGAUCACUUGGAUCUGGGUAUGCUUGGGCAAAGUAAAUUACUUUACCAUUAACCUGUUGGUCACCAGGCAGGCAUGGUUAUUUUCUGUGGAUUGUAGCACAUCCAUGCUGUUUUUAAAAAGCUAUGGUCUUACCAUUCUGUCAAGGUGGGCUAAACUGUCAAAAACAGUCCCGCACUACAAAGUGGCCUGUCAAGUGUUAAGAUUGGAUAAAUUGAAGAGAAAAUUCUAUGGCUUACUGAGCAAACACUAGAGGAAAAAUCAGGAUAUAGACUGUAGA